CAGCUGAGAGACUACUUCCGCUUCCGGUAAUGCUGAAGCGUGGAUUUGGUAUAUUGAAAGGUUCCCUGUUACCGGCUCGUUUACAUCUGAGAAGGGAGAUGGCAAAGAGCAAGUUUGAGUACGUGAGAGAUUUCGAGGUGCAGGACACGUGUCUACAGAACUGCUGGGUGGUGGUGAGAGUGGACGGCAGGAACUUCCACAGAUUCUCAGAGCAGCACAACUUCGCCAAACCCAAUGAUCCUCGGGCUCUGCUACUCAUGAACCACUGCGCCAAGAAUGUGAUGGAGGAAAUUAAAGACAUAUGUCUGGCAUAUGGGCAAAGUGAUGAAUAUAGUUUUAUCUUUCACAGGAAAUCAAACUGGUACAAGAGGCGGGCAAGCAAGUUUAUGACGCACGUGGUUUCACAGUUUGCCUCCAGUUACGUCUUCUAUUGGAAUGAAUUUUUUCCGAAACAGCCGAUCCUCUAUCCUCCAGGGUUCGACGGAAGAGUAGUGCUGUAUCCCAGCGUGCAAAACUUGAAGGAUUACCUCAGCUGGAGACAAGCGGACUGUCACAUUAACAACUUGUACAACACAGUGUUUUGGGCCCUGGUACAGAAGGGAGGACGGACCCCAGCACAGGCUCAGGACCGGCUAAAGGGUACACUUGCCGGAGAUAAAAAUGAAAUAUUGUUUUCAGAGUUCAACAUCAACUACAACAAUGAGCCUGUAAUGUACCGAAAGGGCUCCAUCAUUAUAUGGAAUAAGGUCAAUGAGAUAAGCAAAAAGGUAAUAAAGUUACCACAUGAGGCAGAGGAGAAGGAAGUGGAGGUGUGUCGGGUGCGGAACCAGCCUGUCAUCCUGCACUGUGAUGUCAUCAGCGACACGUUCUGGGAGGAUCAUCCAGAUGUUAUUUCUAGUGAAAGUUGAUAAUUUUAAGAUUUACUAGAUCCUAACACUAUUCUGUGAAUGGAGUGUGGACCAAAGAUCUGUUCUUAGACAGUUUUAUUAACUAUUUAAUAAAGUUAAACAUUUUUAUUUUGUUAAAUACAUUUUUAAACUUGGACCCGUGAAUAAAUUGUUUUAUUCAAAAUUCACUUGGUCUACAUUUCCAUUACUUUAUAUAGUUUUACAUGGGCUUCAUGUUUGUAUACCUUUACAAAUUAAAGUAUCUCAUUAGCGGGAGGAAGGAGAAACAUUCCCAAAGGUCGUCUAACUUCCUCAUCCUGCAAUUUAACUCCGAUAAAACCAUCUCUAGCAAUGAAGAGUUGUCCUUCCCAAUUUCUGUUUUCCAUACAUGGAGAUUAGGUUGUCUUCACAGGUUGCAUAAUUUCCACCAGAACAUGCACCACAAAGUAUUUCUCCAUUUUAUACUAUGGGGUUGAAAACUGUCAAUCCCUGCCCUGACCGGCAUUCUGCAGUGUAAAUAAUGUGUUGCGGAUUUUCUGAAGCAUAAUGUCUCCAUUCAUUUCAGUGGGGAUGUAAUCUACAUCCUAAUCCGGGCAUAAAAAUACACACCUGCCUAUUUUCUGGUGGCUAGAUAUACAGUGCCUUGAAAAGGUAUUGAUACCCCUUGAACUUUUCCAAAUUUUUUCAUAUUACACCCACAAACGUAAAUGGAUUGUAUUGGGAUUUUAUGUGAUAGACCAAUACAACGUAGGAAGUAUAUGUGAAGU